AUGGCGGAAUUCGUUAUCAACGACGAGGAGUUGAGCGGCGUCAAGGGCAAGGUUGUAAUUGUCACAGGUACCUCGUCGGGUAUAGGGCUCGCAACCGCAAAGCUACUCCUCUCGUUAGGAGCCUCUGUCGUCGGCGCCGAUAUCCAACCUUCAACACUCACUGAGUCGUCGCCCGCCUGGUUGUUUGUGCAAAGCAAUGUGGCCGUCUGGGCUGAUCUGAGCAAUCUGUUCAAGAAAGGAAAGGAGCAUUUCGGACGGAUUGACUAUGUCUUUGCCAACGCCGGCAUUGGACCCCGCGCUAACUACCUCGCCCUCGAAACGGAUGAAGCUGGAGAGUUGAAGGAGCCAUCAUAUGAAGUUUUAGAUGUCAAUCUGAAAAGUGUGAUGAAUACCGCGACUCUUGCUGUUCAUUACUUGAAGCAGCAACCUGAGGGUGGUAGUAUUGUGCUCAUGGGCUCGAGCACUGGAUUCCAGCCCCUCCGCGCUCCGGAUUACUCCACCGCUAAACAUGGCGUCCUCGGAUUCGGCAGGGGCAUGGCACGUCUUGUACAGGCUGCGGGACUCCCCAUCCGCGUCAACACACUGAUGCCAUCAUGGACGUCGACAAACAUUCUUCCAGAUCUAGACGGCCUCAUGCAGGGCAUUUCCCACGAGGCGCAACCAGGUCUGAUUGUUGCUCGCUGCGCUACGUAUCUCAUGGUUGAUACAUCCCGGAACGGAGAGGUGAUCUAUGUGUCGGAUGGAAAAUACACGGAGAUCGAAAAGGCGGUCCUCUGGCCUGCCGCGCAGACCGUCAUUGGAGAGGGAAACCCCAAUGACGAUCAAAUUUUGGAGCGUAUAUUCGCACUUGCUCAGUGA